CCAGCCAAUCGGAGAGGAUGAUUCCUAUCACAUGGCCAGGAGGACCAAUCACCGACGAGCAGCAUGGCUUCACGACCAGACUCCAUUGUAUCAAGUUGCAUAAUAUGUUGAUCCACCGAAAUCCAGGGCCAUCUGGGUACUCUAGCUCUAGCAGCCCCUUAAAUUGGCCUCAUUUGAAUGAACUUGAAAAAGGACCUUGCCACGAUGCUACAGAUGAAGUUUGGUGUAAUUCUGAUCAGUUUGAUGUACAUGUCCCUGAGCAGAUGAUAUGUCUUAUCAAAUGUAAAUUAACAUCUGACCUUGACCUGAAACUCUAUGGAGCAAGUUUGGCGAGGAAGCAUUUCAACACAACUGGGACAAGGAUACUGUAGUUCACGUUUGAUGUACAUCCUUUAAGGAGUUUAUGAAACUUGAGUGUUCAUGAUGAGUGUUCACAAAGUUGAUCUAUGAAUUGACCUAGUUACCUUGUUUUCUACUCCAGAUGACCCGGUAUCAAACUUGACCUAGAUUUCAUAAAGCUAAAAUAUGGCAUCUGCAGAAACGUUUUCUAUCAUAUUAUCUCAUUUUUGACCCCAAUUGACCCAGUUUACAACUAGACAUAAUUUCAUAAAAAACAAUUAUUAUAGUCUGUGGUGGAAAAAUGUGACCUCUCCUAUUAAAAAAGCUUUUUCUAUGAUUUGACAUUGUGACCUAGUUUUGACAAAGGAUGACUAGGUUUCCUACUUAUUUGGUAAAAAAAUGAACAAGAGGUUUUCUAUGAUAUAUUGACCUAGUUUUUGACCAAAAGUAACCAAGUUUUGAAAUUGAACAAAUUUUUAUAGAGAUUUUUUUUUU